AUGGGGUCCUUGCUGCUGCCCGAGCACCAGCAGCAGCAGCAGCAGCCAGAGCAACAGCAACAGCAGCAGCAGCAGCAGCAAAUAGUUUCCCUGUCCCGUCGGCUUGGGCUGCCUUCGGUUCUUUCUCGUAACUCAACCCCUCAGCAGCAGCAACAGGAGCAGCAGCAGCAGCAGCAGCAGCAAACGCAUCGCAAGCUACAACCCCAUUUGGUGUUGCUCGAAAGGGUUGUAGCAGCGAGAAGCCCUACGGAGCUGCUGCGGCUGCUGCAGCAGCAGCACAGACAUCUCAAUGCCGAUGCUGCUGCUGCAGCUGUCAUUAGAUUCGCCAAGCUGCAGCAGCAGCAGCAGCAGAAGACGCAGCAGAUGAGCGAAUCAUGCGGUGAUUACAACAGCAGCAGCAGCAGCAGCAGCAGCAGCAGCAGCAGCAGAAGCAGAGGCAUGUCAACUGAGGCGCUGCUGCAGCACCCCACCCACGUCGAGGCGCAGCUUCUUCAGCCGCAGCCGCAGCAGCAGCAGCAGCAGCAGCAGCAGCAGCAGCAGGUGCUGCAGCAGCUGCGCUGCAGCGGUUUGAGUUUGCUGCUCUGGGGGUUUUGUAGGGUGCGAGCGACGGAGGAGUUUUGGCUGUCUUUUGUUGCUGCACUGAGCAGCAAACUGCAUCUAUUCAACCCCCAUGAUAAAGGGGCCCUCGCAGCAGCAACAGCAGCAAGGAAGCUACAACCUGCAGCAACAGCAGCAGCAGCAACAGAUCUAGGACAAACAGCAGCAACUACAGCAGCAGCAGCAGCAGCAACAACAGCAGCUGCUGCUGUAGGCCCAGAAGGAGCGGGCUCUGGAGUGGGAGCAGCAGCAGAUAGCAAUAUAACCGCACACGUAUCAACGCCAGCAGCAGCAGCAACAGCAGCAGCAGACCCAGCAGUAGCAGCAGCAGACCCAGCAGCAGACCCAGCAGCAGCAGCAGCAGGUCCUGUGGGGGAUUGCUUUUUGUCUCUGCUGGCUAAGAAGGCUGCAGCUCUCGCCGGUGCGAUGAAGGGCCGCAGCAUCAGCACAGCAGCUCUUGCUCUUACGCAUCUUGCUUCCAGCAGCAGCAGCAGCAACAGCAGCAGCAGCAGCAGCAGCAGCACGAUAAGCAGCAGCAUUGCUGCCAGCAAGACCGCCUUCAUGGUUGGAGCAGCAGCGCAGAUAAUUCCGAAGGCCCAUACAUUUGACCCACAAGCGUUGAUUUUGCUGUUGUAUUCAUUUUCUAUAGAGUAUCAGCAGCAGCAGCAGCUUUUGCUGCAGCAGCAGCAACAGCAGGAGCAGCAGCAGCAACAGCAGCAACAGCAGCUGCAGUUGUUGGGAGCAGCUCUAGACAGCCUUGCUGCUGCAGUACAGAAGCAGCAGCAGCAUCUGCAGCCUCAGGGUCUCUGCAUCGGCUGUUUGGUGUUAAGCCGCACGAAGUGGAGGGACAAGCAUCACCUCUUUAAAACGCUUGAAAACCAAUUGUUAAAGCUCAAGAGCUUCCGCUCCUUCUCGUUGCAGCAGCUCGUUGUCCUCAUGUGGAGUGUGGCUAGACUGAAACAGCAGCAGCAGCAGCAGCAGCAGCAACAGCAGCAGCAGCAACAGCAGCAGCAGCAGCAAGAGCAGCAGCAGCAGCAGCAGCAGGAAGGGGAUCUGCUGCAGCGCCUGACUCAGGAACUGAGCAGAAGAACAAAGACAGAAAAGUUUAGGUGUAUUGACGUCGCAAUGGCUGUUGAGGCAGCAGCAGCAGCAGGGCCCUGCGCAAAGGAGGCUUUACACGGGCUGGCGGCGACAGCCAAGUCGCUAGCAGCAGCAGAGGAGUUCAGCACGAAAGAGCUUCUUUGGGUUGCUGCGGGGUUUGCAAAGGCAAACUUUGCUGCUGCUGCUGCUUUUUUUGCUGCUGCUGCUCAGUGCCUCGUCAAUAGGUGGGAGGGGGCCCCCUCUUUAGCUGCGGCUGCUCCUUUCCUUCUGGCUGCUACAAAACUGUCGAGCUCUAGAGACACCGCAACUCAGCUGCUGCUGCAGCAUGCUGCUGCUGCUGUGCAUGCCUGGCCAACAACGCCACAACAACAACAACAACAGCAGCAGCAGCAGCAACAGCAGCAGCACGAAGUGCAGCCCCGCAAAAGAAGUUGUUCUGAGAAGCCUUCCUACUCUGCUGAAGAGUUGGGGCUGCAUGCGUUCCGGGUGUAUCUGCAGCUCGUAAUGGCUCUCGCGAGGAGCAGCCACAAGGAAAAUUUAAACCGCGACAAAUUCCUCGCUACUCUCGAGGCAAACCUUGAAGAGUGCAGCACAGCAGACUGGAAUGAGCUACACCAUCUGGCAGCUCUCUGGGGCAUUCAGCAUCACCCGCAGUGGGUGUCGCUUGCUGCUGCUGCUGCCGGCCGCAUCCACCGUCAGCUGCUCCUGCAGCAGCAUCAGCAGCAGCAGCCAGCAGCGCGAAGCAGCAGCAGCAGCAGCAGCAGCAGGAGCGCAGCUGAGUACGAGCUGGAUGCCGAGGACUUUCUCUCCAACCUCCGCUUGCGUUUGGGUGUAUCGGCAUCUCCUGGAGGACCAGUGGUCCUUUAG